ACCGGAUCUCAUGCUCCCGCGUUGGCAGGCGCCUCCUGCUCGCACAUUUCGAGAGGGGGUGCUGCUGGUCAUCCGCAAAUCACGUUCGGCGGAGUGUGUAUAAUAAGCGGUCGAUGAGCUGACGGCCAGUGAUUAGCAUGUUGCUAAAGGGGUCAGCGGCGGGCGCUCGAGGGCGGCAGGGAGGGGUUGGAUGGCCUUGCCACCCCAUGUGGCCGGCUCAUUUCGUGCCGAGAGCUGGCCAGGUGCGGAGGGAGUACGUUGCAGCCCGCGGGACAGUGUACGCGAAAAUGUGCAACACAUGCGGCGCCAGGCCUUAUCACCGUGUCGGCCGAUAGUGCAGCCGCUAUUACCAUGAUAGCCGGUGCCGGCGGUGGCGGUGUUUUGGACAAUCAGUGUGGGCGAGUGAAUUUGGCACGCAACCCAGUCCACGCGGAUUUGCAUGCGGGACGAUUAGCAUCGCUGAUGAGACAAAUUGCUCACUCUGCGAACGCAUGAUGGCGCUUGAAAAGCGGCCCUUUUCCUACGUCCAAGAUGCCAACCCCGAAUUUUUGCCAUACACGUUCGGCGAGCGGCCCAAGACGUCGGCCGACAUCAACGAGUUCCAAGCGAUGCGGAGCCGGCUGCGGCCGGUCACGCCGUCGCCCAAGCCGUCGCCGCGCAAGAUCUGGCAUCCGCAGGAGAACUUCAUCGGCCCUUUGGAGAAUUACGUGCCUGCCGAGUUCAAGAAGGACAACGACCGGCUCUCGAGGACCGUCAGCCCGUCCGACUUUGUCGUGGCCAGACCGGUCGCGGAGCCGGUGCCGCGGCCGCGAACCAGGGGCCGCAGCCCCGUGCGGAGGCAGCCGACUGGCACCCUGAAUGAGCGACCCACCCUGAGCACUUUGAUCAAGGAAAAGCCCAAGGUGGGCAGCCCCGAAAGGCCCGUGACCCGCGGCAAGAGCUCGGAGCGACCCAAGUCCCGCCGCAGCAGCCCCGAGAAGCCCGCUGGCGACAGCAUCACGGCCGUCCUGAAGGACGUCAGCCCUGAGAGACCGAGGAAGCGAGCCGUGAGCCCCGUGAUCGCCCUACCACACAAGCCCCCCGCCAAACCAACCCCCGGGAGCCCUGAGGAACGGAUCACCACGCGAAUGGCCCCCGCGGAUCCCCUGGUGUGCAAAACGUGCGGCAUGAGUCCCGAUCGCAACCUUCGCCGUCCGGUGACCAGCAGUGGCGUCUCCUUGCACCCGCGGAUUCCCUCCCUGUCCCCCGAGCGGCUGCGGACGCCGAGCCCUAUUAAAUUCGUGAUCCCCGUGGGCGACAGCCAGGAGCCGUUUCCAGGGCUCACCCUGGAGAUCGUGUCGAGGGGAGGCACCCCCGAGAAAGAAGUGGCCAAAACCUUCACCAUCUACAGCCCCCGCAAGGACGAGAUCCGCAUCACGUCGUCCGACUCGCGCCCCGCCACCCCGCAGCGGCCCAAGAGCUCCAGUCCCACAAAGGUGAAGGGCAAGCCGCCAAAGCAACCUGGCGACUACCUGGCCGAGAACAGUCCCAGGACGCAGUGGCUCGUCGACCGGCCCUGCAGAAGUCCCAGCCCCGUGACGGUGAAGGUGUCGAACUCGCGAAGCUCCAGCCCUAUGAAAAGCAUCAAUGCAUAUAUGAAGCCACCAUCCAGAGGACCUAGUCCCGCAGGUCGCGGCGGUCGCAGUCCUGCUCCUUUUGACUUUUCCCUUGAAAGACUGUCGACGGCACCUGCAAAAAGACCGCCGAGUCGCGCCUGCUGCGUGAAACCUACCGCCAAGUCAAGUGCGAUGGCCAAGGAAAACAAGAAAAAAGCUGUGAAAUUAGUGGAUGCGCAGCCCGAGUUCGUUUACCACAAUCCGUCAAUGCCCAUCAUAAAACAAGGCCCAGAUCUCCCGCCGCCUCACACAAAAUUGCGGCCAGAGCCACCUGAAAUCAGGCCACGGUCGCGCAGCAAGAGCUCUGCUUCUUUCGUCGUCAUGCGGGAGCAAACCAUCGAUUUACCCGAGCGGCUGCAAAGCCCGAAGCGGGAGCAGGCCAGCAAAAAGGGGAAAAACGAGCCGCAGCAUCCGGACAUGGUCAAAGCGGCCAUCGAGGCAGAGAAGGCCCUUGAAAAGUCGCUCGCCGGCAAAUCCAAAGGUGACGUGGCCGCCGCGGCCGCGGCCCAGAUCGAGGCGGCCACCGCGGCGGCUAAUGCAGCGGCCAAUGCGGCCAAAAGGUUCGGCUCGAGAAAGGGCACGCCGACCAAGGGAGCAGCGGCUGAAGCGGCGGCAGCAGGCGUAUCAGGCAGCACGACUAGCCUGAGGAGUGCGGCCGGGAGCGUGACUAACCUGAAGGGCAGCCUAUUUAACCUGAAGGGCAGUAUGUCCAACCUGAAGGGUAGCUCGAGCAACCUGAAGGAAAGCAUGACCAACCUGAGGGGUAGCACGACGAAUCUGAAGCAGGGCAGCUCGGCCAACCUGAAGGGGGUGGCCGGAAGCAUCAGCAACCUGAAGAAGAUGUCGGGCAGCACGAUGAGCGUGAGGAAGGCCACAAUGGGCAGCACCACAAGCAUCCCCUCGGAGGUGGCCGCCAGUCCCAAGUCGGCAGGGGGCAAGAGCAUGAAGACCAUGAAGAUGAUCGCCAACGCAAACGCCAGCACCACGUCCAUCCGCAGCCACUUGUCCAAAUCGGUCGCUUUCGAGAGACCCAGUGGUGGCAGUGCUACAGGUGUAGAAGGUGGUGAGUCAGGUCGGGCCCCGAGCAGGUCGAGCUCCAAAGGUGGUGCAGAAGGCACUCCGAGCAAACACAGCGAGGCGCCGUCCAAGAGUGUCAGCGGAUCGAGGGAGACGCUUCGAGACGGAGGACACAAAUUGGGGAGCGCGAGUACGAGCCGUAGCUUCAACAAAGUCAUCCACAACGUCAAAGGCGAGGUGCAGCAGUCGCAGAAGAACAUUUUCAACGCGGUCAACACGGCGGUCAACAUGCAGCAGGAGAAAGUGUCCAUCACCAGCGCCGAUAGAGCUGCGAUUUUGCACGAUGAGCACGCCGCCGGCGAAAAAGAUGAUUUGCCUGAACUACCAUACGAUGCCAAAACUCGACGCCACUCAAAACGCUUCUCCGCCUUGGGAAGAAUCGCUCAAAUGGGCGCAAGAUUCCACCGGAAUAGCAAGAGCGAUUCCUCGUCAAGCGAAAAAACAGUCUCACGCUCCUCUUCUAAAACAUCUUUGAACGAAAAGCAAGGACAUUUGAGCAAAACAAACAGCCAAUCUUCUCUGGGAAAACUUCGAUCUGCAUCCGGCAUCCUAGGCUCCAUCGCCUCUUUGGUCAGUACCAAGAGCGGAAAAGAUUCUGAAAACGAGGGGAACAGUCCUGCCGCGGUGAAAAAGAGCGGAAGGAUGUCCGCGAGUAGGGCGGUUAGAGCAAUGUCCGCAGUCAAAAAUAUUGGCAGAUCGCAGUCUAGGGCUUCAAUGAACAAAACGCAAACUGAAGGGAGUGACGGAGAAAGCGGGGGAGAGUCGAAAAGAGGAAGCAAAUGGAACGUUCGAUCUCGAGAUGAAGAGAUCAUGACCGUGGACUCCCGUUCGUCUUCAAUGGCUUCCGUGGCUCCGACGCCUCCAACUAAAAGAAGCCAGUCGAGAUUGGGCUCGGCAGCCAAAGCAAUAAAGAAUAUCGUUCGGAUGGGCAGUCGGCGGCAGUCGCUGGCCUCUGAGUCGAACACCCCUGAGUCGAGCAUCCCUUCCACCCCUAAGACACCGAGGACCCCUGCCAGCCUGAAGAAAUUCGGUGCGAAAGCGGGGAAAAUUGCCGUGUUUGGCAAGCGAUACCGCAAGGGCAGGGAGGAGGAGGAGGCCGAGGGGGCGGCCAACCCUGCGGCCGCCCCAGCCGAUAUGGAGGUGGUCAACGAGGUGGAGAGCAAGAACAGCAGCAAGAGGGGCUCCCAGGUCACACUGAGCUCCAAGGCUUCCAAAAAGGGCUCCAAGAUGGGCUCCAUGUUUUCCAAGGGUAACGAGACGCUUGGCGAGGAGUUGAUCGCAAGGCUUGACUCCAUCAGCGGAAGCGAGAUGGACGAGAGCAUGAGCAGCGGAAUGGCGAAGAGCUGCUGCGGCUUCCGAGGCGCGUGGGCCUACAGGCUGGCGGCGCGGAGGUGGCCGUGCUGCGGCUGCUGCCUGCGGACGCCGGCGCCGCCCAAGGAGAAGGAAAGCAAGUGGGCCGACUCACGGGGCUCCUCGGACCCCGAGAUGCAGCCGACCGAGGAAACGCCGCAGAAAAUGCGGCUGAUCGACAAGCUCAAGUCGGGCAUCUGCUGCCGCAGGAAAAAGCAGCAACCAAUGGCGCCUCCGGUGGCGCCGAGAGAGCCGCCAAAACGCACCCUGGGCCAGAGGGUGAAAAGGGUCUUCGCUUGUGCGGCGAUGCGAGCGUGCUGCUCGAAAAUGUCUUGCUCAAAGCUGUCGUGCCGCGGCUGCUGCUCCAAGCUCAACUGCUGCUCCAAAUUGUCGUGUGCGUGCUGCUGCCCUUGCUUCGCCGCCUGCUGCUGCAGAAAGUGCCGCAAGGGUAGCGCCGUCGGCGACGCCACCCCCAACCCCCUAGACAGCAAGCGGCCCUCCCUGCAGAGCAAACGCAAAAGCAGGUCCACCAUCAACAACGAGCCAAUCGUACGAAAGUUGGACGUGUCGUUGCUGGACGCCAACUCGCUGCUGCAGAGGGGCAUUCCGGUGCUCUCGGUGAAACUGGCCUGGUUGUGCCUAAUCUUAAACAUUUUCGUCCCCGGUUUAGGCACGAUAUUCAGCGGAGCGUUUUGCCUGUGCAUGGGCCGACCGAGGUUUUCGGUCGAGGACCGACCUGAGGAGCGAAUCGGAACGUUCGUCCUCGACCUCAUCGUCGGCAUCAGCCAAUUUUUCACCGUGCUCUUUUGUCUGGUCGGCUGGGGCUGGAGCAUUUGGUGGGGCGCAAUCAUGUUGAGAUUAGCCAAAAAGAAUCGGCGACUUAUGGCGCGGGCUGCUGACGAGCCGGUGAAAGCAGUGCCGCGCAAAAUGUCUGACCCGGCGAACAAAAAGUAAUGAAUUCGCAGCCACAACAGAAGAAUGUAAAUAUAUUUUUGUACAACAUUGAUCAGCGAGCGCCAGCAAAGGCUCGCAGCAAGUACACACAAAUGUACAAUAUUUCCAAUAAAGUGCUAUC